GAAGGAGGUCGCGAGUGAUGGCGGCGCGCGUGGUGAGGCGUGCGCUGAGCCUGGGAGCCGGGAUCGGCCCGGCCGCCUCGGUCUCCCGCUGGCAGAGGCUGCUCAACUCGAGGAUCGGUGUGUGGUGUAAGAGCCUGCUGAGCGACUACACCGACGCGUGCAAGGACGUGGUGGUGGGCGCCUGGGAGCGGCCCGUGCGCGCUGCGAUCUACGGAGCGGUUCUGGCCGGCGCCGUUGUCUCUAUGAGGACGGCGCCGGACGAGCACUCUUUCCAGGUGGCGCUACUGGAGGCGAGCGGAGAGCUGCUGCUUCUCUCCUCGUCGGAGCGCAACCCCACCACAGACUGCCAUGUCCAGGCCCUGCUAAAGCACCGUGAGGGUGGCACUCUGCGCUUCAGCAACCUCUUAUUCUGCUCCGUGGUCUACUCAAGCCCCUUCGCGCCUGAGUGUCAGCUGUAUGCAGCACAGUGCAAGAAUCUUAAGCCCAGGUGGGAGGAUUUCCCGUCGCGCGUGCUGGAUGUCGGCUUUGGCGGGCGUUGGUGGAUGCUUCACAAGAAGGCACACGACUAUGACAUCAACGAUGGGGAGUUUGAGCAGCUGUCACCCGCUCAGCGCAUUGUCUUGCAUGAGGACUUACACUCGCAGCGCAAUGAACAACUCCACGAGCUGCGCUACCGGCAGCCAGUCACGCUCACCGAUGAACAAGUGCGGCAAGCCGAGCCGGUGCGGCAGGAACCGCUCUUGGUAAAAGUUUAGAAUGAGCCAGUGUGGACUUGCUGUAUUUUUAUCAGCGUUAAAUCAUCUGGCUGGAUGAGCAUGUUGGUUACACCCAUGUCACCAGGUAAUUCUUCAUGGAGAUGGUGGUUUAACACUUAACUGUGUCACAUACAGAUUCCGAAGGAGAAUUACCAAAGCGUUUUGUGUGCUGUAAAAAGAAAAGAAAACAAAUCAGAUUUCAUUUGCACUACAAAGCUAUUGUGUGGGCCAUGGGGCGCUGACAUGGCCAAGCGGUUGUGGGUUUGCCGCUUCUUUCAUAUAUAUUCAGUUCGAAUCCUGAAAAUCUUCCUGGUUAAUGCUGCAGGUGUGUUAACGAUUAAAUACAUGGUGUAUACUUAAUAGUAGAUGUUAAAGAUCUUGUGGAAAUUCAGAAAGUAGGCCAUUGUGUACCAUCGUCAUGGUCCAAAUUUGAAGAAAAAACCCCCUAAAAUUGCGAUAGCACUAAAAUGUUCACUUGCAGGCCAGUGAUUAAAGUCACCUUGUGCCGCACAGGGAAAACUGCAACUAGAGGUCCCCAUCGAAUGUUUGAGAUGAUAUGUGAUUUAUGGCACUUUGAGUUGUUGAUGCAUAGAAGUGCCAUUGAAAUGCAAAAAUUAUGAAAGUAGUACAAGGAUGGGUUAUACACCAAAAAGUUAAUAAAACUAAUUUAAAGUUGUUUUAGUGGCUCUAAUUUAACAUGGAGAGUUCGCAAAAUGUUUAAUGGAGAAAAAAGCUUGGUCACCAAUGCCUCACUAUUGCCCCUUACAAGUCCUGUGUGGUAGGGACAAUGGUUAUAAUGAAAACAAAAUCAGUGUCUCCCUCCUAAAAGUAUAAUAAUGCGGUGAAAUUCUCAGAUGGAUACUCUGAGCCAGUGGUGAAAAUUCCACAUUUACAUGACAAGUGCCAUUUCCUUGAUAAGACGACUGCUGUCGACUUUCGCGCAAAGUAGCUGUACUCAUUCAUGCGAGAGGGAUGAUGAUGAGCUAAGUUGGCAAUCCCCGACGGAUUUGAACUCGCCACCUUCCAAUUGCGAGUUGAGUGUUCCGAUACAUUGCCACUUUUCCAGAUGGUCCUCUUAUAAUUAAGUGUGUAUGUAUACGCGUCAUUACAUUCUGUGUCAUAAUGUAUAUUGGUUUAUUUAAAAAUGUUUAUUCAUCAUGACAUUUAUAACUCCAGAACGAAGGAUGAGCCGUGCACCAAAAAAGCGCAAAUAAUAUUUUAUACCAAAAUUAUAGUUCGUUAAUAUUGAGAGGGCUUGAUCUGACCUGGAGAUUGGGCAAAAACGUGAAUUGGAGAGAACCAACAGCAGGGAAAUCACUGCCUUGAAUCUGAGUCGAAUAGCAAUAGAUGUGAAGUGAGAAUUCCAGAGAUGCAACUAGAUUUUUGGACAACGUGAAAAUAGUGGGAAUUGUACAACAUCCAUUGUGACAAGCAGAUGUCAACUGCAGAAACAUACAGUCUUAAGGGGGCACCAAACUGGUGAAACUUAAGGAUACGUAUGGUUUGCUUCAUCUGUUUUGGCAGGGCCUCUGUUACCAGGGACUCGAGGGUCUUAUUUUUCCAACAGAUUUCACGGGACUGCUGCCUGGCAAAAUCAAAUGUCCGUGUGUAAAUGUACAGGGACUCCUCUACUUAUGAACGUUCAAUUUACGAACUUUGAGAGACAAACAAACCUGUCCAGUUGCCUGUUUGGACCGAGAGUUGUAAGUUCAGCCACCGCGCAAGAGAUGGUGGUGGUGCCAUCUACAUCUACAGAACAUGAACCAGUGGCAUCUACAAUAGAUUAAACAACUUUUGAAGCCAUUCCCCGUGUUUAGUGUACAUACCUUACAACAUGUUUGGAAUUGACAGGCAUAAAGUUGGACUUGCGAACAUAUCCACUUAUGAACAGACAUUGGGAACCUAACUCGUUCGUAAGUAGAAGAGUCCCUGCAGUUUGCUGUCGGGCAGUGUUAAUAGUGUGUUCUUGUGCAUCUCGGAUGAUGCAAUCUUUUAAAAUUUGAAUUUAAAUAUGUUGAAUUUCCAUACCUUACCAGUACAACAAUAAUGAUGAGUUCACUAAUUGAUUAUUAAGUAGACUAGCCGUGCAUAUAAGAGCCACGUAUUUAUAGUGUAUUAAAAUGAUACUUUAAGGGUAAUGGUAUGAUGCAGAACACAAGUGACUUUACGAAUGAGAUUUAAAAUAGAUAGAAACGUUUGAUUCUGUAAUCAAACUGAGUAAAAUCAUGACUCGCAGCGAGGAGGGAGGUUAAUCGUUAAAUGCUUAUAAACAAGUGAUCCACUUGAUCUGUCUAUGAAUCAAAUGCAGUACAGGAAAUAUGAAUC